GUUCGCCGCCUCAACCCCUUUCCCUCGUGCGUCCGUCUCCUAGACAACGGCACGUGGACGCAGCUGUGGCUGGUGUCGGACUACCACGAGCACGGAUCCCUGUUCGACUACCUGAACCACUACUCGGUCACCAUCGAGGGCAUGAUCAAGCUGGCCCUGUCGGCCGCCAGCGGCCUGGCUCACCUGCACAUGGAGAUCCUGGGCACUCAGGGGAAGCCUGGCAUCGCCCACCGCGAUCUUAAGUCCAAGAACAUCCUGGUGAAGAAGAACGGCAUGUGUGCCAUCGCAGACCUGGGCCUGGCCGUGCGCCACGAGUCCAUCACGGACACCAUCGACAUCGCCCCCAACCAGAGGGUGGGCACCAAGAGGUAUAUGGCUCCGGAAGUCCUGGAUGAGACCAUCAACAUGAAACACUUUGACUCCUUCAAGUGUGCCGACAUCUACGCCCUGGGACUGGUGUACUGGGAGAUAGCACGCCGCUGCAACACUGGGGGUAUCCAUGAGGAGUACCAGCUGCCCUACUUUGACCUGGUGCCCUCCGACCCCUCCAUAGAGGAGAUGAGGAAGGUGGUGUGUGACCAGCGGCUGAGGCCCAACGUGCCCAACUGGUGGCAGAGCUACGAGUCUCUGCGGGUGAUGGGGAAGAUCAUGAGGGAGUGCUGGUACGCCAACGGGGCGGCCCGUCUCACCGCCCUGCGCAUCAAGAAGACCCUGUCCCAGCUCAGCGUGGAGGAGGACGUCAAGAUGUGAGCGCUACCCACCUCCCCCUCCUCCUCCUCCCCGCUCGCCGAAGACGCACAUACACUGAAGACCCUCCUCUGCUCCCCCGCCCCGCCCCCUUUCAUUCUAUAAAAACACCCCAGAAAGGACUGCUACUUAAAACCCCACCAGUUUUAAUAGCCCCCCCCCCCCCCCCCCCCCCCCCCCCCCCCCUUGCGUGUCGUGACAAGGUCUACCUCACCUUUUUAGCUCAAACUACUGAAAGACUCCGCCUUCCCUUCCUCCUCGUGCCCACCACCACCACCACGGGCUACUGCAACUCCACCAUAUUAUCACUCCUAUGACUGUUUUUUUUGUUGGCGUUUUCCAUAGCAGGAAUUGUUACUAAUGUACAGGAAUUCUUCUUCUAAACAACAACAACUUUUCAACUGCCCCAGGAUGGACUAGCUGCGUCCGUCACCUCAAACAUGAAGGGGUUUCACGUCGAGCUGAAAGAGAAUCCCGCAUCAUUUUCUAUCGUUGGCGAGCUCCUUCUUUAUUGCCGUCUGUGUAUCUGGGAGAGUGGCGGUCUUGAAUAUCUUGUUGCAGCGUCUGCCAAUGUCCCCUCUUUUGCUGUUUGCUAAGCAUCAAACUGUGUGUGCAUUUUGCUACUUGAACCCCCCCCCAUGCAUUGUACUCCUUGGCAGCGCUUCACACUCCAUACAUGGAAUUCCAGAGUCGCAUGUUAGACGCGGUCCAGUUUGUGUUCUCCUUCAAUGUGGCAGGGAUGAUCCUUUUUGUAUUUUAUUUCAUGUUUUGUGUUCAUGUUCAGAAUUUUAUUGAUAAAACAAAUCACUGUGACGUGAAAUGCGAAGAAUGCCAGUGUCUGAUAUCAAAAUGAGGAUCCUUUUUAAUUUGGUGGGAUUCACCCUCCGUCGAGUUGGCGUCGAUGGGUCGUUUCAACACGAGACAGAGGAGGCUCUUCUGUGAUUCAACACAGACCUACCAGGUCAGACUGGGUGGCUCAUAGUGGCAAACUUGAUGUAAUCCAUGGUCACUGCUGGCAUCCAAAAACUUAAAAAGAAAAUAUCUUGUAUACAAAUGUCAUGAAGAAUACUGUUUUGAAAUGUCAUUUGAUUUAUAAGAAGACUACAGGGUGAUUGUUUCCUUUUAGACUGUCCAAACUACUGACGAUGGGGGGUAAAUAUGAUUUGUAUAUAAAACAAACAUCUUUUUCUUCUAUUUUGAAGCCACAAAGGGUGUUUCUUGUGUUUUUCAGUUUUUAUUAUUCCUGUUUUCAUACUACAUAAUAUAUUUGUGGUACUUUUCAGAGAAAAUGUUUAAUACAUGAGAUCUGCAUCAUUUAGCCUGAAGGGUACACUGGGAAAUUCUUACCACUUACUACUAAAAAGAUUUUGGCACAGCUGAACAGCAUCAGCAGUAACGAGGGCAAACCUGUUGCUGUGAAGCCCUUUGAGUUCGGAGUUUGUUUUUGAAGUUUUACUUAGGCUGGAUUUUGAAACUUUAGCUUUUUAGUUUUUUAAAUCAUGGACUAACCCUGCAGAAGCCUCAACUGAAUUUAAGCAAUGGGUAUUUAUUGAGAGGAAAGACAAUCCUCAUGUUCUUUUUAGACUGAUAUGCUGUAACGUGAAACUGCAUGUUAACUGCCACUUUGUGGUCAGCAACGCAGCAAAAUAGUCUCACAUUACAAACAGCAACAGCUACUUGUAAUGUGGGUGUAUUUAUGUUUGCAGACAAGUUGACCAAGGUUUGACUGACAGUUUGUCAUCCUUUUAAAGCUCUGCACCGUUCAAGUCAAACGGACGUAAGGGUUUUAAUCCAUGUCAUCAAAGCAGCGUUAUGUAAUGCUAUUAACCUACACUUGACCAGGCGACCUGUCUGUUGGCUGUGCCCUUCUGCAUGCUGUCACACACUGGGACCUCGUCGCUCUGCUGAGGUCAAAGUAGAUGUAGACUUGGCUCUUUGUCUUGUUGUUUUUGUCUUUCAUUUGGAGUUUUGGGGCGUGUGUACCCUGGUAAGUGUUGCUGCUGUAACAUGGAUAGGAAUAUAGGCUAAUGCAGACAUUUUCCUUUCAUGGUAUUUCAUUGGGUGACUCAUAUGAACCAAAUGCCUAAUAUUUCCUGUCCUUUUGGCUUGUUGCCAUGGGUAUUUUGCCAUUAAACGUUCUUGUACCUAAACUACUUAAAUACUUCAAACUCCAUGUUAUACAAAUCUUUCAGGACUAGUUAGCAACUGUGUACAUACUGAAACAGUAAUAAACACCUUUUUCUUAAA